UCCUCCUUGGUUUCUCUCCACAGACCGCCGCAGACCGCCGCGAAUCAGCGACUAGACCGCCGCUGCCGUCGCCGUCCACCGUGAACCAGCGACCGGAGCUCAACAGACCGCCGCCCCUCUGCUAAUCUGCCAUUUAUUUUCAAAACCUAGACCUGGGCUAGUAUCAACAUUUUAAAGAUAACCAGGGGCUUCUUUGCAAUUUCCGGAGAAAGAACCUGGUUAAACCCAAAUAUUGAAUACCCGAAACUAAAGGCAUCAGUUUUCACAGCAGAGGGCUUAGGGUUUUGUUGGUGCUGAAUUGAUUUGGCUGAUUGGAGAAACUCCAAAUAUGGGGAAGAAACGGCUGGAACUGUUCCUGUACAAUAGCAUGACGAAGCUGAAGGAAGUUUUCAAGCCGAAGGAGGAUGGUAAGGUGGGAAUGUAUAUCUGUGGCGUCACCAGCUACGAUUUCAGCCACAUUGGCCACGCUCGAGCCUAUGUAGCUUUCGAUAUUCUCUACAGAUAUCUAAGAUACUUGGGAUAUGAGGUGGUUUAUGUGCGUAAUUUUACGGAUGUGGAUGACAAGAUAAUUAAAAGAGCAAAUGAACUUGGGGAGGAUCCAGUAUCAUUGAGUGGUCGGUUUUGCCAAGAGUUUCUUAGUGAUAUGGUUGAUCUCCAGUGCCUCAUGCCCACCCAUCAGCCGCGCGUUACAGAUCAUAUGGAUCAAAUAAAGGAAAUGAUAGCACAAAUAAUGAGCAAUGGUUGUGCUUACACAGUUGAAGGGGAUGUAUAUUUCUCUGUUGAUAAAUUUCCAGAGUAUGGUAAGUUAUCUGGACGGAAACUUGAAGAUAACCGAGCUGGUGAGCGAGUUGCUGUUGAUUCAAGAAAGAGAAAUCCGGCUGACUUUGCCUUGUGGAAGGCUGCAAAGCCUGGCGAGCCAAGUUGGGAAAGCCCCUGGGGUCUUGGAAGGCCAGGAUGGCAUAUAGAGUGCAGUGCUAUGAGUGCUCAUUAUUUGACUCACUCAUUUGAUAUUCACGGUGGUGGUAUGGAUUUGAUUUUUCCUCAUCAUGAAAAUGAGAUUGCCCAAAGCUGUGCUGCUUGCUCUGAGAGUAAAGUGAACUAUUGGGUACACAAUGGAUUUGUCACUGCAAACGAUGAGAAAAUGUCAAAAUCACUUGGAAACUUCUUCACCAUUCGUGAGGUUACCAAGCUCUACCAUCCCCUUUCGUUGAGAUAUUUCUUGUUGGGGACACACUACCGUUCUCCGGUCAAUUAUUCAAUAUCACAGAUAGAAAUUGCAUCAGAAUCUCUGUUCUAUAUAUAUCAGACAUUACAAGAUUGUAAAGAAGCCGUUUCAAAGUUACAAGAUGGUAUUGAAAUGAAAGGAGGCCGUGUAAGUGCUGCUGCCCAAGAAUGCAUCAAGAAGCUGCAUACUGAGUUUGAGUCGAAACUUUCUGAUGAUUUACACACUCCUUCGAUAUUAAAUGGUGCCCUUCAAGAAGCCUUGAGAUUCAUGAAUAGCUCUUUGAACACACUGAAGAAGCAGAAAAAGCAACAACUGGUAUCUGGUAUCAUCUCCAUUACUGAGUUGGAGAAAGAAAUGAAGGCAGUGUUGGAUGUUCUUGGAUUGCUACCCGGUUUAACUUAUUCUGAGGUUUUGCUGCAAUUGAAAGAAAAAGCAUUGAUAAGAGCGGAGUUGACCGAAGAAGAUAUUUUGAAGUCAAUUGCCGAAAGAGCAAAAGCAAGGGAAGAAAAGGAAUACGCUAAAAGCGAUCAGAUUAGGAGUGGUUUGGCUGUUAAAGGGAUUGCUUUAAUGGAUGUUGGGAAUGAAACAAUUUGGAGGCCCUGUGUACCAACCCAACAAGAAAGCAACGAGCAAGCUCAACAAAAACUUCCUGCUGCUACACCACCUCAGCAAGAAAAACCCGCUGUGCCACAUCAGCAAGAUCAGCAAACUGUCACCACCAGUGUGCCACCUCAGAAAGAUUAGGCUACUGACAAUUGUGCCACGUCAGCUGACAAAAUAGGCUGCCGGCAGCUGACAAAAUAGCAAGCAAUUUCUGGACAUCAUUUUUUUUGGGUAUGGUUUUGAUGCUCUCAACUUUCUGAACAAAUGGUUUCAUAGAAUAUAUGAUCACAUAAGCUAUAAAUUGUACCAUUUGAUCCUCAGUUGUACUAAAAUAAUUGUACCGUUUUGAUAUGAGCUGUUGCCUCUUUGUUGAGGCAGUAAACUAUCACUAAAGAACACAUAGUUUAACAUUUUUAUUGUUUCCAGAUGUCUGUGCAAAGGUAUCAUAUCAGUUAUAGAAAUACGAUUUUUCUAAUCUUAA